AAACACGUUAUAAUACAAAAUAGUAUGAUUAUUAUUUAAUCGCUGGAAUUUUGGCUGAUGCUUAAAAUCUUGAUAAAUUUAAUGGGGUUAAAGUUAUAUAUAUAUAUAUACAUUUUUCAAAACAAAUUCUUCCGCAAAUCUUAUUGACUGGCUUUUCUGUUGUUGACUUGUGUGUUAACGGUCAUACGACUAAAGUGAAGGGUAUAUACGCACAAGAAAAAGCUUGCUGUAUAAAGUAAAAGCUUUUCAACUGCCUCUCAGUCAUAAGAUCAUAUAAGAUCGUCCAUAGAUGUAGUAUUACAAAUUACUUACUUUUAAAACCAGGGACGAAUCGCGGAAACAAUUUGAUAGAAAUCGAUAACAUUUUGGACUUUCAGUAACCGGUUGGACUUUCGGACGUCGACUGCUGGUAUCGAUAGUUGCUUAAUCUUCAAUCCUCAAUCAGCUGUUGCUUAAUAAUCAAAACAAAACAUUUUUGAUAUACCUUUAAAUUUUCUAUAAGUUACUUAGAAAUAUGUUAAGACUUUGCCGUAUAGAAGAUUGCAGAAGGGCUCUCAAUUCGCAACAAUUUCGUCGUUCGAUAAACAGUAAUAGCCCUUCUAAUCCGGCACAAACAUUUGCCACCAGCUGGCAAAGACCAUGCGGUGAGUACACUGGCAUAAGCAUUUACAAUCACAGAGUGCGUGGGAAAGUGCCCUUGAUACUGCGCAAUCCACAUAUGGUUACCUGGUACACAUGUGGGCCAACAGUCUAUGAUAAAACACAUGUGGGACAUGCGAGCACCUAUGUAAAGGUGGACAUAAUACAGCGCAUAAUGCGGGACUAUUUCAAAUACAAUCUUAUAACAGCCAUGAAUGUCACCGAUGUGGAUGACAAGAUUAUCAGGCGCAGCAAGGAAACGAAACGUAAUUGGCAGGAGCUGGCGCGCGAUUACGAUGCGGAAUUUAAAGAGGACAUGUUGCGAUUAAAUGUAAAGCCUCCUAAUAUGCGAGCGCAUGUAUCUACCAAUAUAUCUGUAAUUUUGCGCUUUAUCGAGAAACUGGUCAAAAAUCAGCAAGCAUACGUAGCUGAGGAUAAAUCUGUUUAUUUUGAUAUAGCCAAAUGCCCGAAUUAUGGAAAAUUGGAAAACAUCAGCAACGUCGAACGAGACCUACAAGAGAACGAGCAGGGGAAACGGAAUGCUGCAGAUUUUGCGCUCUGGAAAGCGAAAAAGACAGAGGACGAACCAAGCUGGAAAACGAAAUGGGGUGGAGAUGGACGUCCAGGCUGGCAUAUUGAAUGCAGUGCAAUUGCUAGCAUGUUUUUCGGUGAAGAAUUAGAUUUCCAUGCGGGUGGCCUCGAUUUGCGCUUUCCCCAUCAUGAGAAUGAGGAAGCACAAUGCUGUGCACGCUACAAAACGAAUCAAUGGGUCAACUACUGGCUACACACCGGCCAACUCCAUUUGGUGGGCAAUCAACAAAAGAUGUCAAAGUCGUUGGGAAAUAUAAUUACUGUAGAUGAAAUGCUGAAAAGCUAUACAGCGGAUGAGUUCCGCAUGGCCUGCCUCCUAUCCAAUUAUAAUAAUGCAAUGAUUUAUAGUGAUCAACUGAUGUUGACUGCACGUCAAACAUUGAACAAGUUCAGGAAUUUCCACGCUGAUCUUAACGCUUAUAUGCAAUUCAAGAAGGCACCAAAAUUACUGGAUAAGGGCGCACUGCAGGCACAGCUGAAUCAUAUGGUAAUGGAGUUUGAUAAUAGUCUGCGCGAUGAUUUUGAUACAUCACGGGCCGUUGGCGUCUUAAUGGAUCAGAUGAGCAGCAUCAGUCGCUGCAUCAAUGAACAAGCAGAUGCAGAACAGGAGCCCGGUUACUGUCUCGAUUUGCUGCUGGCUGCAGGCAAUUUUAUAGGCACAUCUAUGAUUAACUUUGGUAUCAGUUCGCUAACGGAUAAGAGCAUUGAAAAGAGUCAGCAGCAAAAUGCAAAUAGCUCUGCCAAAGUAGAUAUAAAUUUGCUAGUUGCCGAUCUGUUGGCCGUUCGUAGUCAACUUCGAGAGCAGGCUGUUAAAUCCUCAGAUACGAAGAGAAACGAACUACUCGAACUAUGCGAUAAGCUGCGAAACCUUCUUCAGCAACAUGGCAUCUAUGUACGCGACCACAAGCAGGGUAGCUCCUGGGUUUACAGUGAUCAAAAGAGCGUAAUUCGAAGAAUGUAAAUUAUGUUGUUAAAUAUUUUUAAUUGAGCGAUGCAAAAAAACUAGUUUUUUAAAUAUACACUUUAGUGUAAUGAAUACAUAAAUGACAAUAAAUUGGCUAAUCGAAA